UACAAUCAGAUAAGUAUGUUUACAGGAGGAAAACAUCUCAAGAUGAAUGCAUUUUGGGUAUUUCUAGUGGCGAGCGCUGUUGCCGUUGCUUACUCUGAAGACGAUGAGCAAGACUCUGAAAUUGUCAUGAACAUUAAGGAUGUGGAAGCUAUUCAAGAGGAGUUAAAUCGGUUAGACUUUCUAGAAAAGGUACUAUUCUCAUUGAUACCGUCGGGAGCACCAAAGACUGAGCAACGGGAUGAUAAAUGCAUACCUAUUGGAGGCGAAUGCGCAUUUUGGUCAGGACCCAACUGCUGUGGAUUGAGGACUCGAUGCCAUGUCAUGGGCAAAAAAGUGAGCCCGAUGUCUAAACAUAAACCCGCCGUAUAUCGAAAUAUAUGCGACGAAUACAGGUUGGGUGUGUGGCUUGACGAUGCAGGCAAAUGGUUUAAAAACACUUUCGGCUAAGCACAUGAUAAAAGCAGGCAGUUGAUGAGUUUGUUUUGCAUUAAAUAAAAACUUUAAAAUUGUUA